AUGGCUGUCCAAUCAUCAAAACCAGUCAGUAUCCGACCAGCCACCCUCUCAGAUGCCAGUCCCAUCGCCCAACUCGGCGCACGCGUCUUCACAGUCACAUUCGGUCACUCAGUCCAGCCUCACGAACUAGCAGCCUACCUUGAAGAGUCAUACACAACAGAAGCAAUCACAAGCGACAUCAAUGACCCAAACAAAGACGUCAUUGUCGCUACCAAUUCCAACGACGAGCUUGUGGGUUUCGCGUAUCUUACUCGGGGAAGCACUGAGCCUUGUGUAGAGAACUUGGAAAUGACUGUCGAGUUGCAGAGGAUAUAUGUUGACCUUGACUCGCACGGUACUGGUGUUAGAAAAGUGUUAGAGAAAGCCAUUGAAGAGAUGGCAAGGGAUCAAGGGUUCAAACACCUGUGGCUCGGUGUAUGGGAAGAGAAUCCUAGGGCAAUAAAGGCGUAUGAGAAAUGGGGUUAUAAACAGGUUGGAGACCAUGAUUUUACGAUUGGAUCUGUAGUACAGACGGACCACAUCCUGGUGAAGGAGUUGUAG